UUUGCUUUAGCAAUGUGUUUAACGUUUGUGAUUAGUGAACCAGACUUUGAAAAAGAAAUUAAUGGCAUCUGUGCUAAUGGACCUAACUCGACAGAAACCGUGAUAAAGUACAAAGUUGCUCGUGUACAUGACGAAUUUAUAGUUCAGUUCAAAGGUUACUACAAUACAGAGACUAGGAAACGGUUUAUAACAACAGCUCUCUCCGCACAUAAUAUUAGUUAUACUGUUGUUCAAAGAACUAAUCUCAUGUCUAAAUAUCCAAGUGAUUUUGAUAUAAUAUCUGGAGAUCUCAAUGAAAAAGGUUUAUGUCGACUGCGUAAGCAUCCUCUUGUUAAGUCUGUGACUCCCCAGCGACAAGUGACUAGAAGUCUGUCAGCUGUACCCUCCGAAACAGGAUGUAAAGAAUGCCAUGAGGGAUCUUGGACUCAUGGAAAGCGUAGUAUUUCUCAUUUAUCCAGAGUCCUUCAUGAAUCAGGCAAACACUCAAGUAGAAAACUCCUACGUUCUAUUCCUCGGCAGAUCACAUCAAUCCUGAAUGCGGAUGUUUUGUGGGAAAUGGGAAUCACAGGGGCAGGGGUAAAGGUGGCAGUAUUUGAUACAGGAUUAAGCAAAAAGCAUCCACAUUUCAAGCGAAUAAAAGAAAGAACAAACUGGACCAAUGAGAAAACUUUAGAAGAUGGUUUAGGGCAUGGAACAUUUGUUGCUGGAGUAAUUGCUUCAAGUAAAGAAUGCCUUGGAUUUGCUCCUAAUGCAGACUUGCAUAUUUACAGGGUGUUUACAAACAAUCAGGUGUCAUACACAUCAUGGUUCCUUGAUGCCUUUAAUUAUGCUAUUAUGAAAAAAAUUCAUGUACUUAAUCUUAGUAUUGGAGGGCCUGACUUUAUGGAUCAACCGUUUGUUGAUAAGGUUUGGGAACUAACAGCCAACCAUAUAAUCAUGGUUUCAGCAAUCGGAAAUGAUGGUCCACUAUAUGGCACCUUAAACAAUCCAGCAGAUCAAAUGGAUGUUAUAGGAGUGGGAGGAAUUAAUUUCGAUGAUCAGAUUGCUAAGUUCUCAAGCAGAGGAAUGACAACAUGGGAGCUGCCAGCUGGAUAUGGAAGGCUUAAACCUGACAUUGUCACUUAUGGUAGCACAGUGCGGGGUUCUAACCUAAAAAAAGGUUGCAGAUCAUUGUCAGGAACUAGUGUUGCUAGUCCAGUUGUUGCUGGAGCAGUUACCCUUCUCUACAGUGGAGUUCUACAUCGUGGAUCUGUAAUUAACCCUGCUAGCAUGAAACAAGCAUUGAUUGCUUCUGCAAGACGGCUACCAGGUGUUGGAAUGUUUGAACAAGGGGCUGGUAAACUUGAUCUUUUAAAGACAUACCAGACCCUUACUACUUAUACUCCUCAAGUCUCAUUUUCUCCGCCAUAUGUUGACAUGACUGAAUGUCAGUAUUUUUGGCCUUAUUGUACUCAGCCCAUGUACUUCUCUGGUCUUCCUACCAUUGUAAAUGUUACAGUUCUCAACGGGAUGGGAGUAUCAGGUGCUAUAGUUGGAAUACCAAAAUGGCAUCCCUACACACCACACAUGGGUCAUUAUCUUGAUAUAUCUGCAACUUACUCUGAACAUAUAUGGCCCUGGGCAGGCUGGAUAGCUCUACACAUUACAGUACGAUCAGAGGCUGCUGAGUUUGAAGGCAUAGCUCAGGGGCAUUUAACUCUAACUGUUAAGUCACCUAGAGCUGCUGAGGACGAUCCUGAUGAUUUUAUUUCCACAGUUUCCCUGCCAAUCAGAGUCAAAAUAAUCCCAACUCCACCCAGGCACCGGAGACUCCUUUGGGAUCAAUACCAUAACUUGAGAUACCCACCUGGAUACUUUCCAAGAGACAAUUUAAAAAUGAAGAAUGAUCCAUUAGAUUGGAAUGGAGAUCAUCUUCAUACAAACUUUAGAGAACUUUAUCAACAUCUUCGGGCUCAAGGAUUCUACAUUGAGGUGAUGGGAGUUCCUAUUACAUGCAUAGAUAUGUCCAAGUAUGGAACACUUCUCAUUGUUGAUAGUGAAGAAGAGUUCUUUGUCGAGGAGAUCAGCAAACUGCGGCGAGAUGUAGAUACAGGGCUUUCAAUAAUAGUAUUCUCUGAUUGGUAUAAUACUACUGUCAUGAAGAAAGUAAGGUUCUAUGAUGAAAAUACAAGACUCUGGUGGGUUCCAGACACAGGGGGCAGUAAUAUUCCAGCUCUUAAUGAACUAUUAGCUGGUUGGGGAAUAGCAUUUGGGGACAAAGUUCUUGAUGGAGACUUCUCUUUGGGAAAUCAUGAAACGUCUUUUAGCUCUGGCUCCAGCGUGGUCCGGUUUCCUCCAGAUGGUCAUUUAGUCUCUGCAGAGCUCGCGGACCAAGGUGAAGAGAUACUAGGAGGAAAAGAAACCAAAGAGAAUCAUUCUAUUCUGGGUCUUUAUCAGACAAGGGCCAGUAGUUUUGGUGGCAGAAUAGUAGUUUACGGAGACAGCAAUUGUAUUGAUGGGGCUCAUCUUCAGAAGCCUUGUUAUUGGUUAAUGGAUGCUUUGCUGGAGUAUACUAGCGCAGGUUAAUAUUAGCAUUUUUUUAGAAUAAUCU